AUGGCCACGAAUGCUCUAGCCCAGAUAUGCAAACCCAAAAGAGUCUUCAAGCCGAAGACUAGGACCGGAUGUGGAAUUUGCAGGAAGAGGCGAAUAAAAUGUGACGAGCAAAAGCCAUCGUGCUAUCACUGCAUACGCAGUGGCUGGAGAUGUGAUGGCUAUUCCAACAUACAGCCAGAGGGUGCGACAUCGCCGAAAUCAGACACGCUAGUCUCAGUCUCAAGUCCACAAACCUCAUCCCCAGUCUCUUCCAUCUCUUUACACUUAGAAGGUACAGCUCGGCAGAGGCGAAGUUUUAACUUCUUUUUGGAAUUCACCGCCCCACAUCUCUGUGCCCCGGAAGCUCUCACGGACGAGUUUUGGAAGACUUUAUUAUUGCGGACUGCUCAUCACGAACCCGUGGUGAAGCAUGCUAUCAUUGCUUUAGGUGCGCUGCAUGAGACUUUCGAGAAAGACGGGUUUGAUAGCGGGGAUAAAGAGUUUGCCGUCAGUCAGUACAUACGAGCUCUUGAGCUCAUGGUCAAGCCUGAGUCGAAGAAACGGAAUGGGUUAAGUGUGGACGUUGCCCUGAUUACCUGCGUGUUGUUUGUUUGCUUCGAGAUCCUCCGCGGCAAUCACGUUUCUGCACUAUCUCAUAUUGAUGGUGGAGCGAAGAUUUUAAGAGAGCAUCAAGAUGGGGGCAGCCCGUCCGGCUCGAAUAACCAAUCAGCCUUGACGGAAUCAUCUACACCAUACGUCCCUGUGUCGACCCUCCAUCUGAUCUUUUCUCGCCUGGACCUACAAGCCAGCCAAAUCACAUACGAUCGACCUCGACGCCUAAUGGAUCCAUUUCUGUAUCCGAUCAUGAAUAGUUCCAACACCUCUACUAUCACAUCACCACCAUCCUUACAAUUACCGACCGACUUUACAAGCCUAGACGAGGCAGUCGCUGCGCUAAGCGACAUCGGCACCUCCAUAAUAUACGCCGUACAAGCCAUGACCGGUCCCGACAUCACCCUCCUCAAACUCGCCCCAUUCGGUCCCCAAUUAACACUCAGUUUAUCCCUCAUCGCCAGCUCCGCUCUCCUCCGCCUAAAACUCUGGGACCAAGCCUUUGCGCGCUUAGACAUCUCGCCGUACAAUGAGGAUGCAAUCCAUGCACUGAAGAUCAAGCGCACCUUUACCUUCAUGUGUCUCAGCAUCGACACCUCCCAGCUCUCAAACGAAGAACAAUGGGAUAAUUUCAAGCCCCAGUUCGAGACUAUCAUGAAGCAUGCCGAGGCUCUCUUGACAACGCGGGACUCAAAGCCCAAACGUCUUUUCACGCUCGACGGCAGUGCCCUCACCCCGCUCUUUUUCCUCGCCACCAAAUGCCGCUGUCCAAUCCUCCGGCGCCGCGGCAUCGCCCUGCUCAGAAAUAACGACCGACAGGAGGGGAUUUGGAAUUCUCGCCUUAUGGCUAUGGCAGCACAGAGGAUUAUGGAGAUUGAAGAGAGUGGGGGGAUCAGAAUAUCGGGCGUCAAUGUGAGGCUUUGGUUGGGGGAGCGGAAGGUAGAGGUGAAUUUUAUUAAGAUAGACGAGGGUAUAUUUGACAGGAAGAGAAAUACUGUUGCUAUAGAGGUCCUGGAGUGGUGA